AUGGCUGACCUACCGAAGGAUCGAGUGCAGGAUUCGCCUGCAUUCAGCGUCACUGGAAUCGAUUACUGUGGUCCCUUCUAUUACAAGCCAGAUGGCCGCACUCGAACGCCUACAAAAUGCUACAUCAGCGUCUUCAUCUGUUUUGCAACAAAGGCCGUUUGGUUGGAAUUAGUGAAGGACCUCACAACUGCUGGAUUUUUGAGUGCCCUCAAACGCUUCGUUGCCACGCGCGGCAUACCCCGAUGCAUUUGGUCGGACAAUGCCACCAAUUUUGUGGGCGCAAGGAACGAGUUGGAGAACCUUCGGCGGCUGUUUAUGAGCGAGAAGCAUCGUGAUGCAGUUCAUAAUCAUUGCAUCAACAAUGGCUUCAAUUGGAAGUUUAUCCCGCCUCGCUCACCCCACUUCGGGGGCUUGUGGGAGGCAGCAGUGAAGAUGGCCAAGCAGCAUUUAUAUCGCUCCCUGGGAUCGUCACUCUUUGGUUUUGACGAGCUGCGGACAUUGGUCUGCCAAAUCCAGGCUAUCUUUUGGAAGCGUUGGAGUGAGGAGUAUUUGACUCUGCUACAACAACGUGCCAAAUGGCGCACACCGCAGCCAUCGAUCCAAGUCAACGACAUCGUCUGUAUAAAGGACGAAAACUUGCCGCCGUUGAAGUGGCCAUUAGCACGGGUGAUCGACAUCAUCGCUGGAGCUGAUGGCACUGUGCGAGUUGCCGUCCUGAGAACACCGUCUGGAACCACUCGUCGAGCUGUCAAUAAGCUCUGCGUCCUACCCGUUGAGGAUCCUGUUAAAAGCCCUGGUCUUUCAACGGGGGGGAGUAUGUUCGGAGCAGCAGCCGUUAAUAGUUCUUAA